ACAAGGCUUUCUUACUUGUGCUGGUCUGGGAUCUAUGGACACUGCAUUUUCUGCGGAGAAUGCUCAGAAACUCAAGGGACUGCUGGAUGUUGGAUUUGAUUUUUACAACUUUCUGAGAGCCAGCAGAUCCCCUGGGCCUGUUGAGGACCUGAUCCGUGCCAUCAGAACCAACCAUUCCGCUGUGGGUGAUCUCCGUGAUGCCCGCUUCAUCCGUGCAUGGUUCCAUGUCAGGCUGAGGCCUCAGCUUGCCUUCCAGUCCAAAGACCUCCUUAACUGCCUCAGUCACGCCAACCUCAGCUGUGAAUCCUUCCAGGCCCUGGUAAUGGAACUGAGUCAAUAUAAGGAGCACAUGCAUCACACAAGGCAGAUGAUGGUCUACAAGCAAUUCAUACUACCUUUCCUGACCAAUUCAUCAAAUGGUUGUGUUGAAAACACUAACGGUAGUGGGGACUGGCUGAUGAAGAACUUCCAGUCAUUUGCUUCCUUUGCCAGCAUCCGUGACUUGAUCAAACUGAACAUGAACUUCAGUGCCCUGGAGGUGUUGGACAAGCUCACGCCCGAACAGAAGGUGGAACUGAUACUCUACCCAGACAUGUUCAACCUGAACAAUCAAACUAUCGUCCUGAUCCUUCAGAACCUGAUUCAGCCACUGCUGGAGAAUCUGCAUUUGAACCAGUCAAUGGCCAACAUGACCACACCUUCAAACCAGACCUCCAUGAGCAGCAUGAGCUCCAACAGCACACACAUGGAUCCCAAACUGAAUGCAUUCCUGGCCUUUUUGAGACCCCUGGGAAGUUUCAUCCACACAUUUGUUUCAACUGUUCGAGAGAGAAACGAGUCAUCCAUUCAAAGCCACGUGCUGACCCAGGUGGUGGUGAACUGGACCCUGUCACAGCUGGCUGGCCACUUCUCCCAAAACUUCACUCUGAAUAAUGAGACUUUCGUCGGAAUGAAGCCCACAACUGAGAUGUUUAACAUUACCAACUUUGAUGACUGGUUCCAGCACGUGGUAGUCCCCCUCUUGAAGCGCUUCUGGCCAGCCUAUAAUAGCACACAGAUUCCCCAGGACCUGACGGCCAUUUUCAACCAUGUUUUUGAUUCAAAUAAUGCCAUGGAUCCUCCUGAGCCAUCUAACCCCCCUGAGAUCUGUAGCAUCAGCCACAACAGCAGCAGCAGCACCUGUUUGGUGCCCCAGACAACUCUGAAUCUCGCUGUGAUCUUGAAGUGUGUGACCAACAACACCUCCAUGAAUGUAACGGGAGAGAGAAUAAAGUCAUUGGUUGCAGGUCUGGUUGGAACCUUGAAAGAUCAAAUGAUGAAUGCUUCACGGGCAAACGUCACCAUUCUGUCUGGACGACUCCCAGCCAUCACCCUCAGCCAUGAAGAGCUACGUAACGCGGAUGUGGUGGGACUCUGGGCAGGCACCAGGCUCGCUCCUGCCCUGUCCAUGCUGACCAAAGAGUACAUAUCCUGCCUCAGCGCUCGAGACUUCAGCUGCAAGGCCUUCCAGGCCAUGGUGCGUAUCCUUGGCCAACAUGUUAUGGACAGAAGUCGACGGCAUCUGGUCUUCACUGAAUUCAUUGUGCCUUUCCUGUCACGGAACAAUACCAAAGACCCUGGCUGUGUCCGUAGUGUGAAUGACAGCAGACAAUGGCUAGAGAGAAACUUUGGGCCAUUUUCUGUGUUUGCCAAUCUGAGUCAAUUCAACCAUCUGAACCGAAACUUCUCAGCCCUGGAUGCUCUGUGUCUGUUGACUACAACCCAACUGGCAGACUUUGCUCUCACCCCAGGGCAACUCAGAGAUCCGCAAAUUGCGCGACAGAUCUUGAGCCAUGUUAGGCCUGAUGAGUUGGGCCAUUUCUUUGAUAGAGUGUCCCCAGUUAUUCCGAGCCUAAACCUGACGCAGGACGUGAGGUCUGCCAUACUGGAGCAGGUGUUUGACAGAGCCAACCUGUCUAACCCUGCGCUUAACGACACAGACGUGUUGGUGUGGCUGGACAGACUCAGUCCCUUGCUACCAAACUUGACAAUGGACCAAGUGAAGCCUUUUUUCGCCAUCUUAAGAUUCAGAGACUGCAGUACAGUUCAGAGAGGAGUGGAUCUGCUCAAUUCCACCCGUCCAACACUAAUGAAGGACACCGAAGAGGAAAUUCAGGAACAGAUUGAACAGACCCUCAAAGAGCCAUCACCACUACGCUGCUACCAGAACAACAGCUUCCUUGAAUUCCUGAAGGAUCAGUUCCGUGGUUUUGAGCUCCCAAAGCUGACCGGCUUCCUCUCUCUGAUUCCACCAGGAAGACGCCCAGAGGUAAUCAGCUCAGUCCGUCCCUCAGAGCUGGGAGACUUCCUGAAGCGUCCAGAUGUGGUGGACGACGACGCUGAGCUGUGCACUGUUUUCAACAACUACAACAGAACCCCUGAGUUCCUGGAGCAGGUGACGCUUCCAGAGGAUGUCCGACGGCCUGUCCUGCCCUGCAUCUGGCCUCUGGCGCUGGCCGCAGAGGACCAGAGAGAGGCUGACCUGUGGUUCGAUGUCCGACUGAGGCCCUACCUGCCUUUCCUCAACAAGACGCUCCUCACCUCGGCAGACACUCUCAAUGCCUCCUGCCUGCCCUACCAAAAUCUUGUCAGUUUCCUUGGCACAAAUGUCUCCUUCAAUGGCUCUGACUUUACCCAAGUGGACGUGUCCAACGUUAUCAAGACAUAUCUGGAGACAGCGACACAAGAUUCAACGCCCAAGUGCUACAACGCCACUGACCCACAACUGAACUCCACGGCAUGGUUCGUGAAGAACAUUGGAGCGACAUUUGUCCCUUUUGUGACCUCAGAUGACCUAGACACGUUUGGCACGACAGACAUAUUGCAAAUUUUCACAGUGAACCCUGUAAACAUACAAUUGUUUUCCGAGAACAAUGUCUCACAGGGCGCCAUAGUUAGUUACACUCAGCUAAUCUUCCUGCAAAAUCCCACCUUUAACCCCAUCAGUCUCCCCCCAGUUUUUCAGUGUGGUGCCCCAGGUUCAGCCUACAGCACUCUGAGUGAGAAUGCCUCCCUGACUAUUUUGGCAAAUCUAAACCAAACGUGUGGAAGUAUAGAUCAAGAGAUAUCUUCAGCCCUUGCUGGAAACGUCCAGACCGUGAACGCACAGACCAUCAGUGCCUUGGGGCAACAGAGUGUGGGCCUGACCCCCGCACAAAUCACUACUGCAGAUCCAAGUGUCAUUGUGGGUUCCCUUUCAACAUUUAGCGGUAUUUCAGGCUGGAGUCAAGGGCAGCUCACGUCUAUUAUCAACAUCUUCUUUCAGCAAAACUUUCAGUUUAACAAUGCUGCGAACCUGGUGAAUCUGGGAACUCUGGUUGGAGGACUUCCUGCAGCAACCUUCACCACAAUUCCUGCUUCAGUAAUUCAGCAAUCGGCUCGAAAUCCAGCAUUCGUCACUAAUCUGUUGAGCGCCCCUCCCAUUGUGCAGCAAACAUGUGUCAGACAGAUAGUACAAGCAAGUCCAGAUUCGGCCACACUAUUGGAAAACAUUCCAAAUGACCUGGCCAUCCAAAUCCCAAGAAACCAGGUUCUUUUCACUGGAAAUGCCAUUAACAUCAAUAAGAAAAGGUGGAAGCGGGAGCAGGCAGUGCUGUUCUUUGAUACAGUUGCAACUGGAAUUUCUGAGCCUGAUGAUCUCUCAGUGGACGUGCUGCAGGGCUUCACCUGCUCCCGUGUGAGGACGUUCUCGAGGAGGAGGGUCCGGCGCCUCGCCAGGGCCUGCCGGCGCAGGGGGGGCAGGAGGAAGGUGGUGCUGAGGCAGACACAGCUCACAUGUAUGUACAACUUCAUCAAAGCUGACAAGCCAACAGACUUUGCCAACUACUCCUCAGACAUGCUACUGUAUUUCAACUAUGCAGACAUUCCACAAGCCAACUGCAAGUCGUAUUUCACAGAGGCAGGAAAUGCCGACUUCACCGUUUUGACCAGGGCACUGAGAGGAAGAAGAGCCCGUUUGCUCAACAAUGCAAGACAAUGCUUGGGCAUCACAACUACAAACCUAAACCGUGAAAACGUGGAGGUGCUGGGGAACAUGGCGUGUACCCUGGACCAGAAUUACAUUCAAAACUCAGACCCAGAGAUCCUAGAGAAACUAAAGAACUGCAAUGACUUCACAGAUGCGCAGAGUGUUGCCAUACAGAACGUACUAAUUAAUGGCAACACCAAAUAUGGGCUACCAGCCAGGUGGAGAGAGAGGACCCUUGAUGACCUGGGAAUUCUUCCACUCUACCUUAACAAUAAUUUUUGGGGACGAUUCAAUAUGAGAACAAGGAGAAGGUUUUUGAGAAGGUUCCUGAGAAGACUGAGAAGGCAGAGAACUCAGAAGAGGAAACUGAAGAGGCUCUUCAGACAGCUCUUGCGAACAACACGCAUCAAAAGAGCAGCUGAUCAAUGUACAGUCGGCAACAUCACCCGUGUCACCAUAAGCGAUGACGCUUUUCCAUUUGGAUAUGAUGAAACUCAGUUCAAACACUGUUUAAGUGCUGAUGUUGUAAAGGAAAACCUUGCUAGCCUGGCUGAGAAAGUGGACGUGGAUGAAUUCCAGAGGGUCAUCUUGGACAGACUAAGUGAGGCAUACCCUGAUGGCCUGCCAGACCAGCAGGUUCAGCUGCUUGGAUCGGUGUCACGUGUGGCCACCACCACUGAGAUUAACAAAUGGAAUAUCUCAUCAGCUGAUGCCUUGGCUGCACUGAUGGACUCAGAUGGUGGCGAAUGGGAACCUGAAAAGAGUAAAGCUAUUGUGACAAAGUUCUUGAGUGUGACCAACAACAGCCUGGGCUCCACUGAGUUGAACUUUGUGGGAGGGCCCAACCUCUGUGCACUGGACACUAGCACUUUGAGUGCCAUCAGCACAGACAGCAUUAGAGGAGCAGACUCUCUGGAGAUUUCCAACUGUACCACUGAGAACAAGAGGGCACUAUUUACAAUUGCCCUAAAGGCCUUCCCCAUUAAUUUCCUAAACCGGAACAGUGAUGCAGUAACCAACUACCAGCUCACUCAACCUUACAUGGGAGGUGCCACCUUGGACUAUGUCAGAGGUUUGUCUGCAUGCAAUGUCAGCAUGGACAUUGACACUUUUGUUGACUUGGACGAAAGUGUGCUCUUGAACCUCACAGUCUCCGAAGUGUCCGGCCUCCUCGGUAACAACCUGGAAGACCUGGAGAGUUUCCAGAACGAAACCAUCAUCCAGAGCUGGAUUUCCAGACAGACCCAGUCUGACCUCGAUACCCUGAAUUUGAACCUAACCGGAGGGAGAGCAGAUGCGACCACAGCCUCCACUAACACCACGGCAGCAGCGACCACCGCUGCCGCUGCCGCAACCACUACGACUGCUACGACUACAACUACUACCGUCGCCACCACUGCAUCUGCAGGGAACAACUCAUAUUCACUUCUGUUCAUCUUCCUGAAUUUGUUUUUUAUCAAAAUGUAUUUUGUGUAAUAAUGCACAACAAUUGUUCUGUCUGAAAUAUCUAAAUGUUUGAUUUAUUUUGAUAUGGGAGAUGAUAUUGAAAAUUGAAGGUUUCUAUUUGUUAAUUUAAAGGGCUUUUUAUGUGUGCUGACUGUUCAUGCAUUAAAACCCAAGAAGGGUUUUUAUAACAUUGACUUCUAAUACCUAUAGAAUAAAGCAAGGACAUAUUAUCCACAUUUAGGCCUAUAUUAUCCCAAAAUAUUUUUGUUCCUUUGUUUCAUGCACUUGUUUUGAUUUUAUUCUAAUUACUUGUCUGACCUUGUAACUAUUAAAAAAUAAUAAUAUAUUUCCUCACCCUAUUUUUUAUACUAGUACUGAUGGUGGUACUAUUCAUGGAGCCAUAUCCCUACUCAUGUAUGCAACUGUAUCAAUGAUGAAAAUUAAAGUUAACCUACUUGUGCCCCUCCAACAA